AAUUAACUGUCAGCUGCUUCAGAUGACUGUCUUUCUCUCUGAAAUGCACCUAUGGUCUUUGAAGAGCACCUUGCAUGUUCAAGACCAAGACAUUGGAAUCUAUCAUUACUAUGACAAAAAGGAAGCAGAACCACAAAUGAACUUUGGCUGCUUAUAUGAGAAACAACAGUUAGCAGAAUCUCGAGAUUAUCCUUGGGUACUUAAGAACAAACGUCCGGAAAAGCUGCGAGACACACUUAAGGAGCUAGAGGAACUGAUGCAAAACAGUCGGUGUGUACUGAGCAAAUGGAAGAGCAAAUACGUCUGUCAGCUCCUCUUUCAUUCAGGUGUACUGGUAUCCCUAGGCCUUUCAGGGCCACAGCUGGAGCGAGUGGUGAUUGACAGAACCCUGAUGGGGAAGCUCAUCUCCGACACUAUCAGCGAUGCUGUUCUUACAGAUAGUUUCAUGAUCUUGUCAUUUUGGGAGCAAAGCAAACUCUGCUUUAUUCAGUUCACAAAGAAGACAAAUUCUCCUGAUGCAAACAUAAAGCUUGAAAAACUCUCCUCCUUGGAUUUUAAGAUAUCUUAUAUUGACACACCAGAGCUAGGCAACAGAAGAACAAAGCAUCAUCUGGCAAUAAAUAGCAAAGAAGAUAGAGUUAUAUGCUGGUGGUUGACGGCAAAGGAUGAAGUGUGGCCUUGGUCUCCUGGUUCCAGUGAAAGAGAGAGAGCCAACUUGCUGCUCUUCACCUAUGAGCAUGGCAGCUUGCAGAUUCUGGGUUACAUACGUACCGAUGGGGAUCCACUUGAUGCCAGCUUUAGUUCAUGUAAUCCUUAUCAGAUUCAUACUGUAGAACACGCAUUCAAUGCAGACCACGAGCCCAUGGCUGACAGCUGCAUCUAUGAGCAUGUGAAGAAUAAAGUUCAGUGUGUGGCAGUCACUAAAAUACCACUGCUAUCAAAGGCCAUCAGCUGCUGCCGGAACAUUACAGAAGACAAGCUUGUUCUGGGGUGUGAAGAUUCUUCAAUAGUCCUAUAUGAAGCCUUCCGCCAAGUAACUUUAUCAGCACAGGCAGAACUAUUGCCUGUCUUAAUGUGUUGCCACCCCAGUGAAGCCAUAGUCCUGGUUGGUAGUUCACAAGGGGAACUUCAGCUGUUUGACAUGGCACUAUCUCCAAUUAAAAUGCAGGUUUUAGCUGAAGACUUCUCAAGCAAAUCAACUUUGCAGUUCAGUGAACAUUUUGAUGUAUCCAGCAGCCUCAUCCAGAUCCAGUGGGUUGCUCCUAAAGUUUCAUGUCCAAGUAUGGAUGAUGUAGAUAUCCAUGAUCUUCUCUUACUUCAGUUUGACAAAGGACCUAUUGGAGUGCUGCAUUUUAAAGUUGGUGUCAUCCCAAGAGGCCAUCUUGGCCUUGUAGAAAUCAUCCAGGAGUAUAUUCAUCAGAAUGAGAUACAUGAGGCAAUUAAUAUCCUGAGCAGCAUGAACUGGAACGUAAUGGGCCAUCAAUGCUAUAUAAGCCUAAGUGCCAUACUAAACUAUCUUCUCAGACAAAAGCUGAAUCUUACAAGAGAAGCUCAGCUGGAGGCAAGCCUGGGAACCUUCUAUGCACCAACAAGGCCUCUCUCUGAGACAACUGUGUUGGAAUACAGGGACCAGAUCAGCAGAUAUGCAAGAAGAUUCUUCCACCAUCUGCUCAGGCAUCAAAGAUUUGAAAAGGCCUUUCUGCUUGCUGUUGAUAUUGGUGCCCGUGACUUAUUUAUGGACAUCCAUUACUUUGCACUAGAUAAGGGUGAAUUGGCACUAGCUGAAGUGGCAAAGAAAAAAGCUAACGACAUUGACACAGAAUCAAUAACCACUGGAGUUGAUUCCCAAAGGAGCAGAUUCCCUCCCACCAUCCACCAGAUCGUGGAGAUUGAAGGAGAAUGGAGAGGCACCAGUUUAUUCUCUGCUUUUCCCUAAUUUCAGAGAGGAUAUCACACAUCAAGUCAUCCUUGGAGCAGCUGUAUAGAAGUAGCAGUCUGUUACUCAGUCUUGGCAGCAGAUGCUCUUGGAAAGAUAAUGGUUGCACUGACAUAAGCAAGUGCUGCUGCUUCACAAAUUAUUCAAUUGUGGCUUCUCUUACUCCUCUAUAUAUAAAAGGAGGGAUACUAUUUAAAAGAAAAACUUAACAACAGAAUUGUUAUUGGUAGAAAUUCAAAGCAAAAAAUAAAAACAAAUUACUAGAGCUGUGCUACACAGACCAAAUCUCGAAUGGCAGCAGAAAGGAAACUUGCCUGCUCCAGCAAAUCUUUUUCCCAUGACUAAGACUUAUUCAGGAGACAUCCUGAACAGAUGGGUGCUACAUGUCUUAUUCCUCUCACACAAUCACACUACAGCACAAAUAGUAGAACAUGUAGCUAUUUCCACUUCAAGAUAAUAAAUCAGGCUACCAGAGGAACUGCUGCAAAUGGAAACUAGCCAUAAGAAUUGUCAUAAUUAAUAAAGGUUUGUAGCAGUGAGCAACUCACCCAUUAAGACAUUACUGCAUUAUGAAGACCCAGUGAAAAACCUAUCUGAUAAAUGUCAGAAAGUUUCCCAGGGCCAGCUUUCAACAAAUUGCAUUAGGUCACAGCAAGAUGAAUUUAUUUUAACCUUCAAAACAAUUGCUUUCACCCCAAAGGGAUUCAUGUUGUGACAAGACAGCCCAAUAAAUACUAUAUGGUUCAAAGGGAAAC